AUGUCUCUGCUGAUCAAGAACGGUACGGUUGUGAACGAAGACGCGAUGUUCAAGGCGGACGUACUUGUCAGAGGUGCUGUUAUCGUUGAAAUAGGAUCAUCACUAAAAGCUGGAAACGAUGUCCAAGUUCUGGAUGCUGAAGGGAAAAUGGUAAUACCGGGUGGGAUUGAUCCACACACUCAUAUGCAGUUGCCGUUCAUGGGUGGGGUGGCUGUAGAUGACUUCUAUCAUGGCACCCGAGCAGCGCUGGCCGGCGGCACGACUACGAUAAUUGAUUUUGUCAUUCCAACAAAGGAAAGCACACCGUUACCAGCAUAUAAGCAAUGGAGAAAAUGGGCAGAUCCAAAGGUGUGUUGUGAUUACGGGCUCUCUAUGGCGAUUACCAGCUGGAGCCCUGAAGUCGAAAGAGAAAUGGAAGAAGUCGUCAAGCCUGAAUACGGAAUCAAUUCAUUCAAAUUUUUUCUCGCCUAUGCUGGAAUGUUUAUGGUUCAUGACGACGAAUUCUAUCAAGGUUUGCUCACUUGUUCACGACUUGGAGCAUUGGCACGUGUUCAUGCUGAAAAUGGUCCAGUGAUAGCUGAAAAGAGUAAAGCUCUACUUAAGCAAGGAAUCACAGGGCCAGAAGGUCAUGCUCAAAGUCGACCAGAAGAGCUGGAAGCUGAAGCGACAAAUCGAGCAUGUGUUUUGGCAUCACAAGCGAACUGCCCACUCUACGUGGUACAUGUGAUGAGCAAAGGAGCUGCAAAAGCUAUCGCUCACCAUCGACAAAAAGGGAACAUAAUUUUUGGCGAGCCGAUUGCAGCUGGUCUUGCUGUUGAUGGCUCCCAUUACUACAACAAGGAUUGGUGUCAUGCGGCUCGAUACGUCAUGUCUCCACCACUUAGUCGCGACCCGUCUACUCCAGAAGCUCUUAUGGAUUUGCUAGCUGCUGGCGAACUUCAUCUUACUGGUACUGAUAACUGCACUUUCAAUUGCGAACAGAAGAUGGCCGGUCGUCAUGACUUCACAAAGAUUCCAAAUGGUGUGAAUGGAGUAGAGGACCGUAUGAGCGUGGUCUGGGACAAAGGAGUCCAUACCGGAAAGAUUGAUCCCAUGAGAUUUGUACAGAUUACUAGUUCUAUGGCAGCAAAAAUCUUCAAUAUUUACCCAACAAAGGGAAGAAUAGCCGUCGGGUCAGAUGCUGACAUUGUGAUAUGGAAUCCCACGGCGACUAGAACGAUCUCCAAAAAUACUCAUCAUCAUGCGGUGGACUUUAAUAUUUUCGAAGGAAUAACGGUACAUGGAGUCGCUGAGACCACCAUUUCUCGUGGACGUGUCGUAUGGAUGAACAACACAUUAACCGUCGAAGCAGGGUCGGGACGAUUCAUUCCACUGAAGCCUUAUUCGCCUACCGCAUUUGCGACUAUUCAACAGCGAGCGAAGGUGAAUAACAAUAUCUAUGGUCGAACGCGCCGUGCAAAACACACAUUGAAUCGAUCCUGGCUCCCCAAGCCCACUAAGCCCCCCAUUCCUCCGGAGUCGGCAGACUGA